UUAACACUUAUUAAUUUUCCAUUUGCUCUCCAGCCAUGGUCACCUUCUUCCUUUUCUUAUUCCUAUGCUUCUUUCCUCCUAUUGAUUCACUCCACUUCCAAAAAUCACGCUUUGACGUAACUGAUACAAACAUGGUAUAUCAAGGAGAUGCCUUGCCUACAGUGGGAGCUGUUGAGCUAAUCAAUAAAAAAAAUUAUGCAUGCCGAGUUGGUUGGGCUACAUAUGCCGAGAAAGUGCCGAUGUGGGACUCCAACGACCCCAAAAAGGUAGCUGAUUUCACUACUCACUUCUCUUUCUCAAUCAUAAUAGAAGGCUCAAACUAUGGUCAUGGACUUGUCUUUUUCCUUGCCCCUGCUGGAUUCCAAAUGGUGCCCAAUUCAAGUGGUGGAUUUUUGGGCCUUUUCAAUACAACAACCAGUGAUUCCUCCCUCAAUCAAAUAGUUAUGGUUGAGUUCGAUUCUUUUUCCAACGAGGAAUGGGAUCCUCCUUAUGAGCAUGUUGGAAUCAACAACAAUUCCAUUCACUCUGCUGUUUCAACUCCUUGGAAUGCUAGUUUGCAUAGUGGGCGUAACGCUGAUGUUUGGAUUUCUUAUAACGCUUCUACCAAGAAUUUGAGUGUUAGUUGGAGUUACCAAGCUACCUCAUCUCCAAAAGAGAACACUAGUCUCUCUUACAUAGUCGAUUUGAAGCAAGCUUUGCCUUCAUGGGUAAUGGUUGGUUUCUCUGCUGCUACAGGAAUAUAUGGGGAAAGAACUGUUCUUAAUUCAUGGGAAUUCAGCUCAAGUUUGGAUGUCAAAGAAGUCAAAGAAUCAGAUGCAAAAAGAGUAAGACUAAUAGUUGGAUUGACAGUUGCCAGUGGUGUUUUAAUAGUUUCUUUGAUCUUGUCACUUCUAUUGUUUUGGAGAAUAAAACAAAAGAAGAAGGAGAAACAGAAAGAUAAAGAAAAGGAAGGAAAUUUAAUUUCAAUAAACAAUGAUGACCUUGAAAGAGGAGCAGGGCCAAAAAGGUUUUCAUACAAAGAUCUUGCUUCGGCAACCAAUAACUUCUCAGAUGAAAGAAAAUUAGGUGAGGGAGGGUUUGGUGCUGUUUACAGAGGCUAUUUACCAGACUUAGAUGCCUUUGUUGCAGUUAAGAAAAUUUCAAGAGGGUCAAGGCAAGGAAAAAAAGAAUACCUGACAGAGGUGAAGAUCAUUAGUCAAUUGAGACACAGGAAUUUGGUUCAACUUAUGGGAUGGUGUCAUGAUAGGAAUGAGUUUGUUCUUGUUUAUGAGUUUAUGCCAAAUGGUAGCCUUGAUUCUCACCUCUUUGGCAAGAGAACACCUGUUCCUUGGGCUGUAAGGUACAAGAUUUCUCUUGGUUUAGCUUCUGCUCUUCUCUAUCUUCAUGAGGAAUGGGAGCGUUGUGUGGUUCAUCGAGAUAUCAAAUCAAGUAAUAUUAUGUUAGACUCCAACUUCAAUGUCAAGCUUGGUGAUUUUGGGUUAGCUCGGUUAAUGGAUCAUGAGCUUGGUCCCCAAACAACAGGGUUGGUUGGAACAUUGGGUUACUUGGCACCCGAAUAUAUAAGCACAGGGAGAGCUAGCAAAGAAUCUGAUGUGUAUAGCUUUGGAGUGGUGGCAUUGGAGAUUGCCACGGGAAGGAAAGCAGUGAGUCAUUUGGAGAAAGAUCAUGAUGAAAUGGGAAGUUUGGUUGAAUGGGUUUGGAAUCUUUAUGGGAAAGGAAAGCUUAUAACAGCUAUGGAUGAGAAAAUGGAAAAAGAUUUCAACCAAAAACAAGUGGAGUGUUUGAUGAUAAUUGGUUUAUGGUGCGCUCACCCUGAUCGGAGCAUGAGACCAUCUAUCAGACAAGCUAUUCAAGUUCUCAACUUUGAGGCCACGUGGCCUAAUCUUCCGAUGAAUAUGCCUGUUCCCACUUAUCAUAUUCCGGAUUCCACACCCUCUGUUAGCUCCGGCGACCCUUUCAUAAGUACCAGUAUUGAAGCUGGUCGCUAAGGCUUGAAAUUAUUAAUUAAUUAAGUACUAAUAUAAGUAUAUUGCCUUGUAAGUUUAAUUCUUCUUAAAACGUUAUGGUUGAGUUGAUUAUGUAAUUAAAAAAAAAUUAGUAUAAUAAAAAAAUAUUAAAUCUAAUUCAAUUAUGUCAUCUGUUUUUUUUUUUAAAAAAUAUAUUAAAUUUAGGGAAAAAAAUAGGAAAAUUCCAAAAAGGGAAAAAUAUUACAAAAUUACUAUGGGCCGGCCCAUUCAACAUUUAUACAUCACACAAUGAAAAAAUUACAAAAAUACCACCUCGUCUAUACCUUAAGCCGCACGGAAUGAACGGAGAAGAUGAAGAUACCUCCAUCGAUCAAAUCUGCAACGCAACUAGAAUGAAACCAAAACGAGGGUAAUACAACCAUAAAUUCCUGCGAAAAAUGAUUUGAAAAAAAGAACUGCAAUGAUCUAACCAGAAAAUUACGAAAAAAAACCAAAAAAACUGGGAAGAAACUGAAAUUAAACAUUUGAUUUUGGUUUUAAUCGUUCUAAAUAACUCACUCCAGAAUCGAAAAUCCAGAUUCAAGCAAUGUAGAUUUGUAUUAAACAGAUUUGGAGCUCCCCCUCAAAUCCAAAACAAGGUAUGAUAUGAAAUUUUUUUCAAAAAUAAAUCUACGUCAUAUACAGUUGCAUUCUGGUUGAUUCCUAGUAUACAAUAGGCAAUUCAGAUUCUUAAAAAUAAUAAACAAGAUCUGAUUCUAAUUAAGGAACGACAUGUUACGUAUAAGCCUGUUUUUAUUUUUUUACGUUGCCUUACAGUUGCAAUAUCGUUUUAAAAUAGUUUACAAAUUAUGAAGGAAUUUCACAUGACGGGAACCAAAAAAUAGCAGAUAUACAAGGUACGAUUUAUGUAAAUGGUUGCAAAUUAAUUUUAUAAUAGUUGGAAAUUGAUCUGAUUCAAAUAAAACUGAUAAAAAAGCACAAUGACCACAACUAUGUUAAAUAGAAUUAAUUGUUAUGGUUUUCCAAGUUGAUUUACAGUUGCAUCAUCAUUUUAUAAUAGUUUAAUUCAAUUUUUUUGUAGGAAUUUAUUUUUGAAAUAAGAAAAGGAGAAAACACUUUGAGAAAUGGUUAGUUUCUGAAAUAAAUUUAAACGUUUUUUAAUAGUUUCAUUUUAGUUUUAUUAUAGUUUAUUAACAGCAAUAAAAUAAAUAAAAAUAACUAAACCAGGAAUCAGAAUAGAAAAUACAAGACUUGAACAAAGGGAAGGAAAUAGAAGUAAGUUUCUACUGUAUUUCAUAACAGAAUCAAACCAGUUUCAAUAUCGUUGCCUUGCACUAAUAACAAUUUCAAAAUCACAGGAAAAAAAAGACAUUCCAUUCCUAGUCUUCUGCAAUGGACAAUUUGAUGAUCGAAUGAAUUAUGAAAAUUAUGAAGCUAGUGGACAUUACAUUUCAGUCAAUUGUAACUAUGAAUAAUUACAAUGGAAGCUGAACGAGGUCCUGGAAUGCAACCAAGAAAACAAUGUUUUGCAACUGAAAUAUCAAGUCAAAGAAGGAUAUCAACCAUUGAGGAUAAAUGAUGAUCAAAGCCUGCAUUUCUACAUACAACUAAAACUGAAGGACCCCGACUUCACAACAUACCUAUUGUGUGUGAAUGUCAUCAACAACCCAACAAUAACCAUCAAUCCAUCAUUCUUGAUAUUAUCAAUAACAGAAAAAUUGCUAGUGCAAACACGUUUGGAUCUGUAAUAAUCAGAGGGACUAAAUUUAUAAUCCCAGACCUGCAAGAUAACAAACAUGGCAACAAUAAAUAUAAAUUGUAAAUAAACAAUAUAUAAACUAUAAAAAAAAAAAAACUAAAAACAAACUAACAAACAGACACAACUCUACGAAUAUAAACUACAAAAAUCUAAAAUCGAAUUGUUACCUAAAAAAGAACAGCAAACAACUAUACCUAAUAAUAUUCCCAAAACACAUCAUACAUAAACAGA